AUGAAGAAGGAAGGGCUGGCAUUGUUAUUAGCGAUAUGUGUCUUGGGCCUAUAUAGCACAUUCCUCACAUGGUCGAUCUUACAAGAACGUAUCAACACUACGCCAUAUGGCGAUAAUGAAUAUUUCCGAGCACCGUUAAUAAUAAACAUUGUUCAAGCGUUUCUUGCGUCCAUAGUUGGAUUGAUUUACACGGCGUUAACAACAAAGUCCUCACCAUUUGAUGUUUUCACACAUAAUGGGACACAGGGAUGGCAGGCGUUUAAGUCAUUAGUAUUAAUAUCAAUUUGUUCAAGUGUUGCCUCGCCAGUUGGGUACAAGUCUUUAGCCCAUUUGGAUUAUUUGGCCUACUUGUUGGCAAAAUCAUGUAAAUUAAUUCCGGUUAUGUUUGUCCACUUCACAUUAUACAAGACUAGAUUCCCGUUGUUCAAAUAUGUUGUUGCACUGUUGGUGACUUUGGGAGUGACGAUAUUCACUUUAGCCCAUUCAAAAGAAAGCAAAAAAGUUAAUGAUGGGAAUACAGCUUUAGGAUUAGCUUAUUUGAUUGGAAGUAUGUUGCUUGAUGGGUUGACUAAUUCUACGCAAGACCAGUUGUUUAAAAUCCCGUUAGAGAAGAAGUUUACGGGAGCUAAGUUGAUGUGUAUUUUGAACUUAUUUAUAUUUGUGCUUACUGCGGGAUACAUUGUUCUAUUCCAAAGGUUGCAGAUAAGCAAUACUUACCAAUUCAUUCAAAAAUAUCCCCAAUUGAUUUACGAUAUUGUCGUAUUUGCCGGUUGUGGUGCCAUUGGACAAGUGUUUAUAUUCAUCAUCUUAGAACGUUUUGACUCAAUUGUAUUGAUAACUGCAACGGUAACGAGAAAAAUGUUGAGUAUGAUGUUGAGUGUUGUCUUAUUUGGUCAUCAUUUGAAUAUCAAUCAAUGGAUUGGUGUUGUGUUAGUCUUUGGAGGAAUAGGAUUUGAAGCUUUUGCCAAGUUCCAACAAAAGAGAAAGCCCAAAAGUGAUUAG